GGACAUAGUAUCGCCAUCUGGUAGCCCAAAUAUGCUCUAAUGUGUUUGUGAGUGUGUUUUAACAGUGAAUAUUUUGCGGUAAAAUGACGUCGUUAUUGAGGAAUUGUUGGAAAUUUUCGCGGAAUUUGCCGAUCGCCACUCCAAGAAGUUAUGCCGUCGUCUCUCCGUUAUCGAUACGAUGGAACAGCACUGCGACCACUACGACCAUCACCAACGAGAAAAUGGAAAAAACGGAAUCUCGUCCUACAGUGCGCAAACAGAGUCAUGUUGAUAUCCAGCAGUUGACAAACUUUGGUCAUUACAUUGCUGAUUGUUUGCCAAAGUACAUACAACAAAUACAGCUGACUGCUGGUGAUGAGCUAGAAUUACUCAUCGCUCCCGAUGGUAUUAUCCCUAUGAUGACGUUUUUGAAAGAUCACCAUAAUACACAAUUUGUUAACCUGUCAGAUAUUACCGCAUUAGAUGUACCCAGUAGACAAUUCAGGUUUGAAAUUGUUUACAACCUGUUAUCAUUGCGGUAUAAUUCACGUAUCAGAGUCAAAACUUAUACCGAUGAAUUGACACCAAUUGACUCCAUCUGCGAUAUAUUCAAAGCUGCUAAUUGGUAUGAACGAGAAGUAUGGGACAUGUUUGGCGUGUUCUUCUCAAAUCACCCUGAUCUUCGUAGGAUUCUAACAGAUUAUGGCUUUGAAGGGCAUCCAUUGAGAAAAGAUUUUCCACUCAGUGGUUAUGUCGAGCUGCGAUACGAUGACGAACAUAAGAGAAUAGUGGUCGAACCGCUGGAGUUGACCCAAGAAUUCCGUAAAUUUGAACUAGCAGCACCGUGGGAACAAUUCCCCAACUUCAGGGAUGCUCCACCAGCUGCUGAACCUAUCUUAAAAGAGAAGUAACUAUAACUAUUUAGAUCAUAAUUAUAGUCCAAGAAAAAGUAAGUGUAAAGUACAUGCCCCUCUAUUAAAGUAUAAAUAUAUAUAAUAUAUAUAUAAUAAAA